CAGCUGGCAUGGGGGUGAAGAGACAUCACAACAGUCUUAAUGUUAAUUUAAAUUGAGAUAUUCCUCUAAAUCGACGUUAAAAAAGGCCAAAAAAUGUUCGCCGACCUUUGGUCGGUGGUCGAACGCAUCUUCCCCCGAAAGUCUCACUCCUACUUUUUACUGAAACUUGGCAGCCCUGGUCUGUAAUGGUAAAAGGUAAAUGCAGAGUCAAAGUCAAUCUCGCAUGUUCAUGAAUGUGAGGUUACUGUGAAAUUAGAUCUGUUAACUGACUAAUUAAAACAAUUCCCAGCACCAAAUUCAUAGCUUUAAAUGUAAAAAAUGACUGGAGUCCAAUGUAUCAAACCACACCAUAUUCGUGUUCAAGUAAAACAGAGUGGUGUGCAGAGGUUUAACAUAACAUCAUAUACUAGGCAAACUUGACUUUCCUGUUUAUCCGAAUCUCAGUCCCCAUACACGCAUAAACAAUGAAUCUGGCAUUGAUGCUGGGGAUUUAGCCGAGUUAUUUUCAAUAGAGUCACUCGACUGGAGCAGAAAAGUCAACAGUGGCAAUGGAAACAAAAGGGCAAACUAAGCACCCUCCGGAGUUGAGGAUUGUGUUAUUAGGUGGAAGAGUAUUAUGCAGUGACCCCAGUUUUAAAAGUACAGCUGGCAACAUCAUACUUGGCAAAAGUGUUUUUGAGACCAACAGAAGAACUGCCCAGAGUGUUGUGAGGCAGCGGGAGGUACAUGGCAGACGGGUCACUGUGGUUGAUACUCCAGGCUGGUGGUGCCACUACCCACGAGAAAACACCCCAGAGCUGGAUCAGAUAGAAAUCAAGAACAGCGUCCAUCUGUGUCCCCCCGGGCCUCACAUAUUUCUUCUAGUCAUUCCUUUAGAAGAAGACUUUCCUGACAUUUUCAAGGAAUCCCUUGAAGAGCACAUGCAACUCUUCAAUAAAGGAGUCUUUGAUCAAACCAUUGUGCUGUUCACUUUAGAUGAUCCAUGUAAAUCAAGUUUAAAAUACAACAUCCCUUUCUGGCCAGCACUUCAGAUGAUUCUUCAACAAUGUGGAAACCGAAAGCAUGUUUUCAACAUCAGCAACCAUCAGGAUAGGACUCAGGUCACAACGCUUUUCCAGAAAAUAGAGGCAAUGGUUGCACAAAAUGCUGCUGGUCACUAUUCUAUUGAUGCUGCUGAUGGGAGUGCUCUGAGAGAGAAAAUGAAAGCAAUCGUUGAAAGAGCAUCAAAGAGGUUUGCCGAAGUGCAGGCAAAAAGAAGGAAACUCAAAGCCCUGAUUGAAGGUGGCAAAACUCCCCCAACACAUUUGAGGCUAGUGAUGGUUGGUGCACAGUGGUCAGCCAAGAGCUCAGCAGGCAACACCAUUCUAAGGAAAUAUGCGUUUCCUGUUACUCACACAAGAACAACUGUGUGCUGCGAAAUAAACCACAGCGUGGUGGCAGACAGGCAGCUCACAGUGGUAGACUCUCCAGGCUGGUUAUACAACGGCACCCUUCAGGAGCUCUCUGAGAUUAAUAAACUUGAAAUAGAAAACAGCAUGCAUCUGUGCACUUCAGGACCCCACGCAGUGCUCCUUGUUGUCGGCCUGGCAUCCGCGUUCAACGCAACAUACCAGAAAGCGGUCCAGGAGCACAUGAGUCUGUUCACGGAUGAAGUCUGGAAGCACACAAUUGUUCUGUUUACCAGAGGUGACUGGCUGGGAGUGAAGACUGUGGAAGAGCGCAUAGAGAGUGAGAAGGGUCUGCAGUGGCUUGUGGAGAAGUGUGGGAACAUGUAUCAUGUCUUGGAUAACAAAAACCACAGUGACAAGACUCAGGUAACGGAGCUCCUUGAGAAGAUUGAAGAGAUGUGGGCCGGAAACAAAGAUGGUUCUUUUGAAGUCAACCUGGGCCGUGCUGAGCAGAUGGAGGCAAGAAAAGAGGUUGCAGACAAGAAGGCAAAAAAGAUUCGUCAGACGGCACAAAGACAAGCAAGAAUACUCGAAGAGUUGUUUCGAGGGGAGACGCAGACAAUCACUGACCAUAGGGUUGUACUUAUCGGCCCGAAAGACUCUGGGAAGGGUAUGGCAGGAAACAUGAUCCUUUUUGAAGAGCUCUUUGGCACAGCUCGGAUGAAGAAGGAAUUCCAAGAUCAGAGAAGAACCACAAUGUGUGAGAAACAUGAAAGCAAUGUUGCUCGACGAAAUAUCACCGUGGUUGAGGCGCCAGGCUGGUUUGCAGACGAGAUCACACCCGACUGGCUCAAGACUGAAGUUCUGCGCAGCGUCUCAAUGUGUGCUCCUGGUCCUAAUGUUUUUCUCUUGGUUGUACCCAUUUUCAAAACCUUUACAGAGAAUGACUACAAAACAAUGGUUGAGCUCUUGAUGCCAUUCGGUGACAGUGUCUGGAGGCACUGCAUGGUGCUGUUUACCUGGGAAGACUGGCUCAAUGAAAGGUCCAUUGAGGAGCACAUUGCCACAGAAGGCGAACACCUGGAACAGCUGGUGGAAAAGUGUGGGUACAGAUAUCAAGCCAUAAACUGCAAUCCUUAUGGUUAUUUUGCUUUACCUAUCAUACAGCUGUUUGAGAAAAUGUUUGACAUGAUAACACGAAACAAGGGCCAAUACUUUGCCGCUGAAGACAAAAUGGGGAACAAGCGAAAACAAACGCAGUGGCAAGAGGAGUGGAACAGGAGGGAGCAGGAGCUAAUCGACCGGAUGUUGAAAGCUGUUGCACAAGAACCAGAAGAACCGAUCGUACCAUCUAUUAAGAUGAACGCAAGCAUGGAUGGAGCCUUCACUCCGAGCAUGAGCGGAGAUAUUCCCAGAGAAGUUGGGGGCACAUUUUGUAGUCAAAGAGAACGUGCCAAAGUGACUGAAUGGCUGAGCGUUAGAUUUGGGGGCUCUGAUGUCACCUCUGGGGUCGACAGCAUGAGUAUUUCAGCCAGUGAUGUGGAGAUGUUGGACCAAAGCCUCUCAAAACGCAGGCACUCUUUUUAGCACACACAAGCAGGCUGGUAACUAUGGAAACAAAAGAGAAAAAGUGCACAGAAAGCACAGUUUUCCAAACACUGUUGGACCCUGCCAGAAAAUUGGUGAUUAUCCAGCUGUAUUACUUUCUGAUGCAGCCAAUACUAUGUAUGUUAUGUUCAAUGUUUAUUAUUUAAUGUGAUUAUGUAAUCAUGUCAAUGCAGAGUUUAUAUUUUCAGGUCUUCCCUGUAACAGUGUAAAAAAGCAUGUUAUAGCAUAUCAUGAAUAGAAAACGUUAAUUGUAUGCAGAACAUUAAAUAAUUUAAAGAUUCAGAAUUUCCCCCAAAUAUCAGUCUGGCAGGCGAUACCGCAGCAUCCAGACUAAAACCACCAGACUCAGGGACAGUUUCAUCCCACAGGCCAUAAGACUAUUAAACACCUGCACUUGGAAACA